UGUCUUUAAAGGGGGGCGGCAUAAGGUGACCGUGACGCAUUUGACGUAUUUUUCAUCAUCAUCGUACAUCUGGACAGCAUCAUUACGUUGCGCGAACCAUCUGAUGUGCCGAAUGCCGAUGUCAGUUCAAUAAUGCAUCAUGUGUGGCGUAUAUGCCAUACGCGCGUCCACGAAAAGACUCUUUAUGUAUUUACGAACUGAUAUGGGGAUUUAUUUGUCAUCAUGUUCCGUGCGUCGACCAGGAGAUUUAAAAGGGAUGAAAAUCCAUGAUGCCGUUCCAUUAGAUCUAAUAUUUUCACGUUUUACAUAGUUUUUUGGCACCGUCAUUAUCAUUUCAGAUGCACCGUGACCCGAUGAAUUUUAUACAGUGAAACAUGUUUCAUCAUGAUGAUAACGAAGGCAAGAAAUCUCCUGUCUGCGGUCAGAUCUCCGUUUCUAUCCUCUUCCUCCUCCCCUGUCUGGUCACCGCCUUCCCGGUGAACACACUAGUGGAGCAGUUUUGCAAGGACCCUGGUGUUCCUGAACAUGGAGUCAGAACUCCACACAUUGGUGUGUUCUUUGAAAACUCGGUUGCCAGGUACUCUUGUGUGGAAGGUUACAGCUUAAAGGGGCCAGCUAAGAUUGUCUGCACGCGCUUCUAUAAUCGUUCGUUAGGCUGGAAACCAAUCGUUAAACCUGUGUGCCUUUCAGAGGAUUGUCUUCCUCCAUUCAUUGAGGAUGCUGAUGUCACAAAUAAGACCUACAGACCCGGGGACAGCCUUCUUAUUAGCUGCCAUGAUGGAUUUCAAAUUCGGUACCCUGACAUGGAAACUAUGGUAUCAAUCUGUCAAGCUGAUGGGACAUGGGAUAAUCAGCCAACUUGUCAAGGCUGCCUGCGCCCACUAAUACCUCCACACAGUUACAUGAACAUCUCGGAAACUGAGUUCUCAGUGCCUGUGGGAACAGUAGUCCACUAUCAGUGUUUCCCUGGUUACAAGCUGGAGGGACCUGAGCUUCUAGAAUGCAUGUAUAACCUCAUCUGGUCUGACACACCACCCCGGUGCCUUGAUGUUGAGGCAUGUUCCUUACCCCCAAUGAUGGAACAUGGAGAUUACAUGUGCCAUCCACAACCAUGUGACCGCUACAUUCACGGCACAGUCGUAGAAUACUACUGUUAUCCUGGCUACUCUCUAGCGAAUGACUACAAGUACAUGACCUGUCAGUAUGGACAGUGGUUUCCACAGAUCCCAUUCUACUGCAUCAAAGACAAGACAACCUGGCCUGGUUUUGAAGAUUCUCUGCUUACUACAUGGAAAGUGGUAGCUUGUACAGCCACUAGUGUGCUGCUAGCCCUGCUCUUGGUUAUAACAGGCAAGAUUUUCCACUUCAAAUGCAAGUCUCAAGGUCCAAGUGAAGAGCAGGAUGAGAACCGAGAUCCAAACAUAUUGGUCGUAGAUGGUGUUGCUGUACCACUUCCCACUUAUGAAGAGGCUGUAAGAGGUACACAUUGCCACCCCCCAAGCGAUCUGUCCCCUGCUGGUCUGGGGAGCACACAGCAUUCAGAAGAACAAAACCCACCUUCAUAUCCUGGGUACUCGGGGAGAGAAACUGGUGUGCCGGUGGACAGCGGUGAGGCUGAGACCUGUGACAGCAUCUCAGACACAUCGGAAUAUCUUCAAAGCAUACAGCAAUCUUCUUCCCAUGCAGGUGGACUAAAUAAUAUAUCUGAGAAAACCAAUGCCAUCACUUCAAUGGAGGAGACUGCCUCCACAAGCCCCAGCAUCGACAUUGCAGAUGAAAUUCCUCUUGUGGAGGAUGCAGAAGAGGACUGCUGAUUGUUACCCUUAACUAAAAAUGAGACGCAAAAUAUUGUUUGUUAUUUCAGCAUUCAUUUUUGAUUUUGUUUGCAAAAACUGUCACCAUCUCAAGAUCUCAUUAAUCACACAUUGGCAUUUUAUAAAGAGCACAUCAGGGACAUAUAGGCAAUAAAAAUAAUUAAUAAAAUAAUUUUGCAAUUUUUGCUCAUUGUGAAACUAUGCAUUCCACAAUGACAUAUUAUAUUCAUUUUUCCUCUAUACAAUGCAUAGCGCUCCAAUAUUUUAAAUUAUUUUUCCUGUGACUUAACU